CCUAUCUGAAUAUUUUAUAGUUAUUGUCGUCCAAAGUUUAUUGUUUUUUUUAUUAGAAAAAUUUUAUUUAUUUAAUAUCUCUAUUGAAGACGAUUGCAAACAGUUAUCUUCGAGUUUUGCUCGAGAGUUGAAGUCAUAACAGCUCUUCAAUUGUUUCCAAAAUGGUUUCUUUCAAACACUUUUUGCUUUUAUCAAUAUUUACGAUCAGCAUAGUAAACGGCUUGUGGCCUUUCACAAAAAAAAAUAAAAACAAUGGAAAAAGGAAAGAAUCAGUAUCUAUUGAAGAAUCUACAGGUUCAAUUGCUGAUUACACGAAAGAUUGCACACCAAUGGUACCUCCAAUUGUGACAAAAUACAUCGAAGAAGUGGAAAAUCGUGGAAUGGAAUAUGAAGGAUUGUACAGAAAAAGUGCCACUAUAACGGAAAUUGAAAAUUUAGAAAAUGUAAUUGAUAGUGACAUAAAUGCAGAUAUAUCCACAUUUAGCACUCCAGCAAUCACCUCAGCACUCAAAAACUUUCUACGAAACAAUUUGCUAGAGUCAGUUAUCAAUAAGGAAACAAUGGACCAGCUUUUAAAUAAUUUUGAAAAUAAGGAAGAACUAAAAACUAUCAUUUACAAUCUUCCCCAGCCAAAACAAGACACACUCGCUUACCUGAUUAUACAUUUACAAAAAGUUGAAGUGAAACAAAUGGUAAACGAAAACAAAAGAAUGACUUAUCACAAUCUUGCUGUAAUAUUUAGACCAUCUAUCAUACAUAAAGAGGGUAUUGAUACUCUACCAAAUUGGAAACAACAGAAUGCUGCACAAAUAACAAUCAUUGAGGGACUUUUAAAUAUUCCGACAAUAUUUUGGAACAAUCUGUUAUAUAAUAUUGCAACUGGCUCCAUUGCUGAUUACGCAAAACAUUAUUCACCAAUGGUACCUCCGAUUUUGGUGAAAUACAUAAAAGAAAUAGAAAAUCGUGGAAUGAGAAGUGUUGGAUUGUACUUAUUUGAUGCCGAAGAUAUGGAAAUAAAAAAAUUGCAAAAUAGAUGUAAAGACCUACAUGCAGAUAUAUCGAAAUAUUCAAUUUUGACAAUUGCCUCUGCACUCAAAUCAUUUCUGGGAGAUCAACUGACUGAUAAAACUAUUAAUGAAGAAACAAGAAAUCAAAUAAUAUAUGCUCUACGAAUGAAAAAUGAUGAAGAAAUAAAAAAAAUAAUUUUCCAACUUCCGAAACCAAAUCGAGAAACUCUUGCAUAUUUAAUUAUACAUUUACAAAAAGUAAUAAAAGAAAGAAAAAGCGGAAUGUCUCAUAUGAAAAUUGCUUCAGUUUUUUCAAAUAUUUUAAUUAAUAAAUAUCACACAUCUAGAGAGGUGUCAAAAUUUAUAAAAUUGGAAAUAACACAUAUUGUAUAUACAUUUUUUAAAUAUUCAUCUAGCUUUUGGCUUUCAAGUUUAGAAAAUGAUGAUAAUAGUGGUGCUGAUGAUGAUGAUGAUGAUAAUGAUGAUGAUAAUGAUGUUAAUGAUAGUAGUAGUGGUGUUGAUGAUGAUAAUGAUGAAAUAUGGCAAGAAGAAGGGUCUUCUGGUGGUGUUCCUUCUUCCAAUGACAUGUCUUCAGCGACGAGAAAAUUAAAGGAUAAUGCAAAUGACGAUUUAACAAUGGUGCCAUCAAUUUUGAGAAAAUACAUAGAAGAAAUUGAAGAACGUGAAAUGGAAUACAGGACAUUGUAUUUAGAAAGAGGAGAGUUAAAAGAAAUAACAUUGUUGUAUAAUAUUUGUAAUAAUGACUUAAAUGCGGAUAUAUCGGCAUUUUCCAUUUCGGCAAUUACCUCAGCAGUUAAAUUAUUUCUUCGAGAAUAUUUUAAGAAGAAACUUAUUGAUGAAGAAAUGAGAGACAAUUUUUUGAGUGCUUUUGAAAUACAGGAUAAACGUAAAUCAGAAACAAAAAUGAAAAUUAUAAUUUCACGCCUUCCACAAUUAAAUUGUGCUACUCUGGCUUAUAUGAUUAUACAUUUAAAAAAGGUUCUAAACCAAGAGACAAAUCGAUUAACUCAUUCAAUGUAUGCUACAAUUUUUGCUCCAAUUUUUAUUAACCAUAAAGUUCAUCUCUACGAAAACACUAUAAAUACAAAUUCAAUGAUCAUCGAGCAUUUGAAGUUUAAGGAAAAGUUAAAAACAAUUAUUCAAAUAUUUUUAAGUUUUCCAAUCAGUUAUUGGGAAAUUAUGAUAAAUAAUCCUUAUUCAACUAGGAAAAAAUAUCAUAAAAAAAUUAGUGGUUUUGAGAGAGAUUAAAUUUUUCUUCAACAAAACUACUUUAAAAUUCAUCAAAGAUCCGAAGUCAUGACGUCAAUAACAAAAAUGAUGAUCGACAACAGAAUGAAAUUUUAUCAAACACAUUCUAAAUAUUUAAUAUAUUGUUAUGUAAAAUAAAUUACAUAAAUGUCUAGUUUUUACUCACGUCUAAAAUGCACGUGUGUCAAUAAAAUAAUAAUUGUUUUCAAA